CAAUGUCCAAUAAGAAAAUUAAUUUAAAUCAGAAUGGUAUUGAGGAAAAAUCUUAGGAUUAUUUGGAACCAAUAUUGAGAGAGAGAGAGAGAAGAAAAUUAAUUUUUUUUGCUGAAAAUUACUAAAAACCUAUUCUCUAUCCUAUCAAAUAUUAGUACGUCACAAAAUACACUGGCCAAUCAUGUACUCGACAUGAAAGUAGCUGCAAAAUUUCUCUCGAACUCGAUCCGCAUGAGAUGGCACAGUUUCUCAUCGAGUACAAGAAACAGCAAAAAAUCUCCGUCUCACGUGUUCUAAAGUACACUCUGUGAGUUGGUUUGUUUUGAGGUUAGACUACUCCGUGAAGCAGACGACGCGAUGAUUCAGGCGUUUACAUAACGUACACUUGUGUGUAAGCACGGCACGUGUUUUCGCCGGUUAACACCAGUUUUGCUGUCGUGUUUGUUUUUAAGAGAAUAUGAUUUACAUAAAAAAGCCCGUGAGACUCAGAGCACCUUGUAUCUCGUAGAAGCUGUCGGCGUCAGUUGUAUUAUGCCCGCGAAGAAUAUUCUGUACCGGAAAAUCUCGGUGGGCGAAAUAGUUUUCUCUUUAUAGAAGCUCUUUAUCAGCUCAAUGACGUUACCAAGUUACCUCACAGUAUCUCGACUUGAAAUCUUGACAUCUUCAAUCGGACCGUUAAAUAGAAUCGAGACAGAGCGUUUUAUCGAACGAAGAUGUUCCACGAACCGGAGGAAUCGGUGAUUCUCUCCAAAAGCGACGUUUUGCUUACGUCGUUUUUUUCAGGUGCUCUUGCAGGAAUCGUUUGUGACGUGACCCUCUUCCCACUGGACACCCUCAAGACACGAUUACAGAGCCAGCAUGGAUUUUUCCAGUCUGGAGGCUUCAAACAGCUGUACAAAGGGGUAGGGCCUGUGGUCCUGGGUUCUGCACCAUCAGCUGCUAUAUUUUUUAUUACUUAUGAAGGAAUAAAACAAUAUUCACAACCAUAUAUACCAGACCAGUAUCACUCCAUUAUACAUAUGAUUGCAGCAUCAUCUUCUGAAGUCACUGCCUGUUUAGUACGAGUACCAGUGGAAGUAGUUAAACAAAGGAAACAAGCACUGCUGUCAGACACACAUCGACUAGCAUUAAGAACAUUGUAUCGUGGUUAUGGGAGCACAGUUCUUCGUGACUUGCCAUUUGGCUUGGUCCAGAUGCCUUUGUGGGAAUACUUCAAGCUUUGUUGGACCCGACAGAUACACCGGGAAUGCACGCCUUUGGAAGGUGCUACUUGCGGUGCCGCGUCAGUUGCCAUAUCUGCUGCCAUAACAACGCCCUUGGAUGUCGCCAAGACUAGAAUUAUGUUAUCCAGCACGUCGGCGGAGAAAGAGGAAGUUAAAAUAUCGAUGAUGUUAAAAGAGGUUUAUAGAAACAAUGGCGUUAAAGGGCUGUUUGCUGGCUUUACCCCAAGAGUAACUGGUUUUACUAUCGGUGGAUUUAUAUUCUUCGGCGUUUAUGAGAAAGCUAGGGAAUUUUGUAUAUCCUACUUCACACGCUAGUCGCUUCUAUAGGUUUCAUUCAAUUAAAAAAAAAGAUUAAAUUAUAUAUUAAAACUCUAGCAAAUUUUGUGAAUGUAUGUAUUUGCUAAUACACGGACACAUUUUUAUGGUUGGGAUAUUGACGUAAAAAUACGUUCUAUUAGAAUUUGAUUCUAAAAAAUAAUUUAAGAUAAAAUCGAAAAUGAAAAAUUUUAUAUUUAUUGCUAAAUGCUUAUCUUUUUUAGCUUUCAAUCUCUUCAAGAAUUAUAGAAUUAUAUUAUAUAGCUAUACACAGUAUUAUAAAAUGGUUUUACGUUCCUACAUGAUGAAAUAAGUACAAACGUCUGCUUCGAGAUAUAUAGAGAAAUUGGAAGGAGAGAGAGAGGAGACAUUUCUCACUUUGCUUAAAGAUAUUACAGUUAAAUAAAAAGAAGAUAGGCAUGCAAA